AUGUCCAACGAAUUUGACAUCCCCGCCCGCCCCACCAAUGUCGGCAUCCACGCCAUGGAGAUGUACUUUCCCAAGAGGUGCAUCUCGGAGGAUGCGCUCGAGGACUUUGAUGGGGUCCCGAAGGGCAAGUACACGAUUGGGCUGGGGCAGAAGUAUAUGGCGUUCACGGAUGACAAGGAGGACAUCAACUCGCUCGCUUUGACCGUCGUCUCCUCCCUGUUGUCCAAAUACAACAUCGACCCCCGCUCCAUCGGCCGUCUCGAGGUCGGUACCGAGACACUGAUCGACAAGUCCAAAGCUACCAAGACGCUCCUGAUGGACCUCUUUGGCCCGGCGGGGAACCACGACGUCGAGGGUAUCGACAACAAGAAUGCGUGCUACGGGUCCACGGCGGCGCUGUUCAACUGUAUCAACUGGAUCCAGAGCGAGAGCUGGGACGGGCGGAACGCUAUCCUCAUGUGUGGAGAUAUUGCGAUUUAUGCGGAAGGCGCGGCGCGGCCGGCGGGUGGGAUGGGGGCGUGCGCGAUGCUGAUCGGGCCGGAUGCGCCGCUGGUCGUUGAGCCUAUCCACGGCACCCAUAUUGCCAACUCUUGGGAUUUCUUCAAGCCCGACCUCAGCUCGGAAUACCCCACCGUCGACGGCCCCCUCACCCUGAAAGCCUACCUCGGCUCCCUCGACUCGGCCUACACCACCUACCUCGAUAAGGCGGCCAAGUCGCGCGCGCGCGCCGCCAAGAACUUUUCGCUCGCGGGUGUCCAGGCUGCCGUCUCGGAUCUGGCUGGCCAGGUCGCGGGGCAGGUUGCUGGGCUCGUCAAUGGUGUGAAUGGCGCGAAUGGGCAUGGGGAGGAGAAGGAGGAGGUGGUGGGCGGGACGGAUAUUGAGAAGUUUGAUUAUGUCUGCUUGCACUCCCCCUACUCCAAGCUUGUCCAAAAAGGCCACGCCCGUCUCUUUUACAACGACUACCUCCGCAACCCCACCCAUCCCAUCUUCGCCUCCAUCCCUUCAUCCAUCAAGGACCAAUCCCCCUCCGACACGUACGCCGACAAGGUUGUCGAAAAGGCCUUCCUCGCCGUCGCUGCGGACCACUACAAGGCGUCUUGCCUGCCCGGAUCGGACUGCGUGCUGCGGUGCGGAAACAUGUACACUGCGAGUCUGUACGGUGCGCUCGCUAGCGUUGUCGCGUCCAAGCCGGAGGGCCUCGAGGUCGGUAAGAAGAUUGGGAUGUACGCGUUCGGCUCGGGAUGCGCCGCUUCCUUCUUUGCUAUCAGGAUCAACGGGUCGACUGCCAAGAUCGCCGAGACGAUGCGGUUGAAGGAGAGAUUGGCCGAGAUGGAGGUCAGGCCGUGCCAGGAGUAUGUGGACGCUAUGAAGCUCCGCGAAGCCAACCACAACGCCGUCGAAUACUCCCCCAAGGGCCUCAUCGACAACAUCCAGCCCGGCGGUUACUACCUGAACGGCAUCGACAAGAUGUACCGCCGGACAUACAGCAUCAAGCCCUCCGCCUAG